GUUUGAAUUUCCCCGGAACAUUACCGUUUUUAAGAACUGUUCAUUUGGUUAACUUACUAUCUACGUGUUGCUAUGGCAACAAGUUCUGUGAGCCAUAACAUAAAAUGGCUGUCGGCUGUGUCCGUCUGGCUCUUCCUUCUGAUGGCGGCGGUGCUCACUUCCGGCAAGGUGUCCUUGCUCUGGCUUCUGCGCCUGUACAAGUAUGAACAGAUACACCCAGCCACGUGGUACAUUCUCAUCUGUGUGAUGCUGGUCGUACCCCACGUGACCAACUUCAUUUACAUAAUAUGGAACACCCCCUUCAUAAGCUCCGCCCACAAGAAGAAGAUGCCCCGGCCUGGUCACAUCUACAUGGGAAUCCUCGGGGGAGUCAUGGAGACAGUUGCCGUCUGUAUCUUCGCAUCCGAAAUCUCUUUAGUUCUUCCUGAACCCAUUUUUCUCUUCCUUCCAUCGGCUGUCUUCACUAUACCGCUCAUUGUCAAGGCUGCACACAAUAUGAAGAUGACGACGACCCGGAAGUCCAGCAGUAAGAGGUUCGUGCGCAUCCUCACCCAGUGCCUGCAUGUGGCCCUUUGCACAUACACAUUCUGGGCCCCAGCCCUUAUCUCCGCCCUCAUCUACCUGUGGUCCCCUUUCAAUAUGCAAAUCCGACACUGCGUGGCCCUACCCAUCCUGCUCCUCGUGCUCUCCACCGCCUGGACCCCCCGCGUGCAGGAAAUUAUCGUCUGCUCUUCGGGACAACGGAACUGGAAGGCGACGUUAGCCUACAAUUGCCUCAAGAUCGUGGCUAUACCCAUAACCCUGACAGGCCUGAUGGCGUUCAACCUGAGAGCAUUCCGAGAGGACAUGUACCAGUUCAUGUCUGUUGGAUUUGCGAAUACGGCAGACUACCGAGUCUGGCUGCCCUUGUUGGUGACAAUCGUAACAGGCAUGUCCGCCCUAGCGAUCAUGAACAUCGCGUCUAAAGUGUCCCUCACGACGCCCGGCGUCUGGCUACCGUCCCUCCUUGCCCCUCUUCUCACCUUCGGAGCGGCCACCAUUUUGUGGGGAGAUAUUUCAACUGAGGCUAUAUGGGAAUUAUCUGGCAUGGAUCUGGCAACGUGGUCAGCAACAGUUUUAGCCUUCCUUGUCUGGAUCGUUCCUUACAUAAUCCCAGCGCUGAACAUAAUAGAAUCACCCACAGCACUGCUCCGACCAUUUUCAGAAAACUUUUUCGGAUUUACCUGGAAUGCUAUGUUUUUGGAACAAUCUCUCAUCCUAAACUACAGCCACAAAGGGAUUGGCUCGAGAGACAAAUGGGUAAAUACAACCGUGAAACAAGGAAAACAUAAAACGGUGUUUGUGUGUACGACGAUGUUCCGAGAAACGAGAACAGAAAUGAAACGUUAUCUCAACAGCUUAAAGAAGAUGGUGUCCUCCAACGUCCUGAACGACGUGUCGGUGGAGGCACACGUCUUCCUCGACAACGCCAUCGAGAACGGCCAAUACAACUCCUUCGCUUGCCAGUUGCUGAACCUGCUCAUAGAGGUGUUCCACCUGUCCUAUCCAGACCUGAACUGCUACAAGACGCCCUACGGGUUCCAGUUCCGCUGCAUCUACGACCAGAACUUCCCCGUCUACGUCCACGUCAAGAACGGGGAGUUGUUCAAGGUCAAGAAGCGAUGGAGCCAGGUCAUGUACAUGAACUACGUCCUAAAGUACCGAUGUGGAUUCAACACCAGUAGUCCGUCAGGUCCUAAAGACAAUGAUCUGACUUCAAAUGGGAAUUUCGACACAUUUAUCACAGGAUUAAAACAGAACGGAAAGGAGGACUAUUGCACGAAUUUAUACAAAUAUUUUAAAGAAAAAGACGAUGUCCACAAAAACAGCUCUCACAGACAUCCAUCCAGCAGCACCGAUUUCGACGACAGUGGCAGCGACACCUCGACAGAUGCAUCAGAGGCCUAUACUGUAUCAAGGGAGAGCACUGCGUCCUGUUUCACCAGCGAAGGGACCGAUAGUGAUGAUUCGGAUUUGUUCUCCUACAAAAAACUGCCGCCAAAAACUCACACCAAGGUGCCGUGUAUGAAGGACGUCGGGAACGAGAUGGUCAAGCACGUGCUGAAAGCGGAGCUGGCCAGACGAGCCGACAAACAAGAUGGCGGAGGACAUCGGGUGUAUCUCCCGCCAGAUUUGUUCUACUUCCAACCAGGAACUGGGCAGCCAGGGAGAUGGCGAAACAGUGGCCUCAUGGCCGAGGAGGGUACGAACGAGACUUCUCUCUUCACCAUCGCCGGCAACCAAGGCCUCAGCAAACAGGACGACGUCUACGUCUUGGCCACGGAUGCUGACACACAGUUCAAGGCCAAGAGCGUGCGGGCACUGCUUGACCUCUGUGACAGGGACCAGUCGCUCGGGGCUGCGUGUGGGCGCACUGUUCCCACUGGUGGUUUUAAUCCUGUUGUUUGGUACCAAAAGUUUGAAUACGCUAAAGAUUUCUGGCUGGUGAAGGCGUCCCAGAAUAUUAUCGGUUCCGUCACGUGCUGCCCCGGAUGUUUCAGCCUGUAUCGAGGCCAGGCAUUGGCUGACGUCAUGAGCACAUUCUCCGAGCCCAGUUACUCGGCCUUCGACGCUCUCGUCAAGGACCAUGGCGAGGACCGAUGGCUAUGCACGCUGAUGAUGAUGCAGGGAUGGAAACUCGAGUACAUCGACAACUGCAGGAACUCCACCCACUGCCCCGAGUCCUUCACAGAGUUCUUACGACAACGUCGACGCUGGGUGCUUUCGGAACUCUCGAACAUGGUUCUCAUCUUCCAAUCCCUGUCUGAACUGGUGCGCCGGAACUCUGCCUUCUCCGCCAUCUUCAUCCUGUCACUCCUGCAGAUGUUCCUGUGGGUCCUGCUGUCCCCAUCGACCACUCUAAUCGUCCUGUGUGUCGCCUGUGAGAUCAUCUUCGGCCUGCCCCUCAUCUGGUCCGCGCCCUUCGCCUUCCUCUUCAUCAUCUCAUACACCGUCGUCUGCUGUGCCUGCAGCAAGCGGGCUCAGAACAUCAUGACCUUGACCUUCCUCCUGUCUGUAGCGACUUUCAUGAUAGCUAUAAGUGCAGGUUUUAUUGCUUAUAUGGUUAUCAACAUCCAGGAAGAUUUGGCCAAGGGCCAUGUGGAGUUCCGUCCCUACUUCCUGGUACCUCUCCUGAUCGGCGGGACAAUCUACGCGGCACUCAUCCAUCCCGGGGAGUGGCUCAACCUCGUCUACGGUAUCGUGUACGCCUUCAUCUUCCCCGCCAUGUUCAUCAUCCUCCCCAUCUACGCCGUCUCCAACAUGGUCGACCAGUCCUGGGGAACUCGAGAAGAGUCGACCGCUGGAGAGUACUGCUGCGAUAAGAAACAAGAGAAGCCCGCAGCUACAGAAGAAGAAACCUACCAACCACUGACCAUGAAGGCCAGCGAUACUCUACCCCUGACAUCAGCAACAGAGAGACGCUUCUGGGAGAAACUCCGGAAGUCCCUCCUCGGCACCAACGUGAAUUGUGGGAAGGAUGAGGCGUCGCUGAGGCAUAAUCUCAAGACGUUGCGAGACAAGUGCGUGAUCACCAUGGUGAUCAUGAACACCGUGUGGUAUUCAUUCUUGACGUCAGUGUACCUGCUAGCAAACAGUGACGUCAUCUGCUACGUGGUGGCUGGGGUCUUCAGCUUCUCGCUGGUGGUGCAGCUACUGGGGCUCACCUCCUACAAGAUAGACAAUUCACUCCGACGGCACAUACUCAGGCGAGCUGGCCCAUCUCAUCCACUCUGGGUCAAGGACAGACAUUAAUCACGUGGUAUGACGUCAUAACUAUGUGCAAUAUGAAAUUUUGUAGUGGUAAUCUGCCCUCAUGACAGCAGCUUGACGUAUGUAUUGUACAGUAUUUAUUUACAGUAUUUAUUGUACAUUAUAUAUUUACAGUAUUUAUGUACAGUAUUUCAAUCACCGCUACUGUCAGCGGUGUAUAUAGUAAUGUAUAUCCAAGAAAGGCAUGCUUAUCGGGUCGCGAGUGAUAACCCUUGUUACGAUUUACGUCAUAUUUCAUUGUUAGAUGUCGUCAUCGAUUGUGACAUGACGUCACAAGGACAUUUUCAUUUUUUACAUAUGACGUGAUGUUUUCAUUGAAGUGACGUCACUAAGACACUUUUAUUCGUCAGGAUGAUAUAAGAAUGCCAUGCCCCUUCCCUGACACUAAUGUUUACCAUCCACGUGAUAAUUUGUGAUCUGCGUAAUUUAUUUCGUAAACAUGAACACAAUACAUAUGCGUCCAUGUCUUGUUGACAAGGAUGAUCUGUUGUCAUAAACAGUUUACUUCGUGAUUGUGCACCUUUUCACGCAAUACUCGCACCGUUUCACAUACUGUCCAUUUGUUAUGUAUGUACCACAUGUACAUAAUAUUUAUUAUUAUUUAUUGUUUGCCAUCUGUGAAAAUCAUAAUGUAUUUGUGAGUGUACACCACGUGAUGACUGGAACGCCUACAGCUGAUGAUAGUUCAGGCUAUGGCGGUAUUCUUCGUGUUGGAGUGGUUCUGUUGUAAACAGGACACACCGCAAUGUACAACAUAACAACAUUCGCGUAAUUAUUGCCGCUUCAAUACUUUGAAUUACUUACAUUUCAUCACGUUCAAGUGAUUUGUAUCUUAACACAAACAGCUCAAUACAGAACCAAUAGUCUUGAUGCUUGGUGUUCCCGCGUGAAUCAAGGAUCUCAAUAUUAAUGUCUUCAGAAACAUCCCACGCAUCGUCAGAUGAUGCCCACCUCAUAUGUCUCUUACUCACAGAUGAUACUUCGUAUUUCUUUCUGCUCUCAGAUGAAAUAAAUAUCAAAUACAUAUCUGCCAGGACAUAUACACAUUAUAUCUUUCCAGUCUCUCAGAUGAUGUACAUGUUCUCUCCUCUCAGACAAUAUACAACUAUCUUCCCAUCUUGUAGAUGAUAUAUAUCAUAUUUACCCGACCUUUCAGAUAUAAUUAUAUCUUCCUACCUCUCGGAUGAUGUAUUUAUCAUAUUCCCCCAUGAUAUAUACCAUAUCUUUCCCACUUCUCGAUAUUAUAUAUUUAAUAUCCUUCCCACUUCUCAGAUAAUUUAGAUAUCAUAGCUUCCUACUUCUCAGAUGAUAUAUAUCACACCUUCCCACUUCUCAGAUAAUAUAUGUAUCACACCUUCCCACUUCUCAGAUAAUAUAUAUAUCACACCUUCCCACUUCUCAGAUAAUUUAUAUAUCAUACCUUCCCACUUCUCAGAUAAUAUAUAUAUCACACCUUCCCACUUCUCAGAUAAUUUAUAUAUCACACCUUCCCACUUCUCAGAUAAUAUAUAUAUCACACCUUCCCACUUCUCACAUGAUAUCUAUCAUACCUUCCCACUUCUCAGAUAAUGUAUAUAUCAUACCUUCCCCUUUAGAUUAUAUAUAUCAUACUUUCCCACUUCUCAGAUGAUAUAUAUCAUAUCCUUCCCACCUCUUAGAUAAAAAUAUAUCACUUGUUCCAAUCUCUCAGAUGAUAUGUGUGGGGCGCUCGGGUAGCCUAGUGGUUAACGCGUUCGCUCGUCACGCCGAAGACACGGGUUCGAUUCCCGACAUGGGUACAAUGUGUGAAGCCCAUUUCUGGUGUCCCCCGCCGUGAUAUUGCUGGAAUAUUGCUAAAAGCGGCGUAAAACCAUACUCACUCACUCACUCACUCAGAUGAUGUGUGUCGCAUCUUCUCAGCUAUAAGAUGGGCGCUGAGAGUGAACUGUUGCAAGAAUGUAAUAGGAAUUUGUGUUUCACUUCUUUGUUUCAAACACGCCAUUGUACAUAGACUGUAGCGAGUCCAUGUAUCGAGUCCAUGUAGCAUAAUCAUCUGUCGAACCCAGCAGUGUAUGCUGCACUGCUGCUUGUUGUCGUAAUUUAUGUAAAUAAACCAG